AUUGACAAUUCGCCCGAAUUCUUAGAAGUCGACAAAAAAGUCCAAAAUGGCGGACGUUCUGAUAUCAAAUGUCGGGAUUUUAGAUAAAGAAAGUGAGCAGAAUAAACAAGUUUUGACUCGUAGAAAGUUAUCCAACAAGUCUCAAAGCAGUCUAAGAAAUAAGGAGCCAGAAGAGAAAAAGUUUAUUGACGAAAAUGACGAGAAAAACACGUGCGAUUAUUACCCACUGAUUUCGAAAGCAACAUUCACACGUUUUCACUAUGGUUUGUAUUUUGCACUCCUUGUCAUGCAGUUUUUACCUACUGUUUACAAAACUGUACGAAUCUUUUAUCUUGGCGAUCUCCCAAAAUCCCAUGGUGUCAACAUCGCCUCACAACUUAUUUGGAUAAAUUUGAUUCUUGAAGUUUUCCAGGAAGGUUUGAUUUUACCACUCUAUAAUCUGAUUGGUGAGAAAUUAUCCAAUCAUGUGGAAACCAAAAACAGAGUUAGACUAGGAAUAAUAAUUACUUUUAUUAUUCAUUUAUGUUUAGCAGUGGCAAUAGGUUUACUAGCAUCUCCUUUGACAAAGCUAAUGGCACAAGAUGAAAAAACCAUUGACUGCACGAUUAAGUAUGUACGUCUUGAGUUAAUAAGUAUACCAUUUGAAAGCGUUAAUCAGUUUGUUGUUGUUUUGUUGACAAUGUUGUCAUGGCAAAAGCAUUUGUAUGUCAUUUUGGUAAUCAGAGUAUUUAUGUCCAUUGUUUUGGAUACAUUUUUUCUGAGCAAUGUAAAGUAUUCUUUGCAACUUGGUGUUAACGGAAUUGCUUAUGGAAAUAUUGCAAUUGCGUGCAUUAUUUGUGUUUACUCAAUGACAAUUACUAUCACAAACUUUCAUUUCAAUAUGGAUGACAUAUUUAAAAGAUCACUGUACAAUUUCAACUGGCUAAAAAGUUGGGUAAAAGUUGGAUUUUUUUCUGGUUUGGAUUCCUUCAUCCGUAAUAUAUUUUACAUCUUGUGUGUUAUUCGUAUGAUGAACGUCAUAAAACAGCAAGGUGUUUAUUGGCGAGCAAAUGAAUUUAUCUGGAACUGGUUGCUGUUACCUUACAUACCACUAACAAAUCUUUUAAAACAGGAUACAGGCCAUGAUGCACAAGGCACCAAUCACAGGUUAAAGAUGUCUGCAUACAUGUGUUUCACUAUUAUAAUAUUUGUAAUCUGGACUAUAUCCAUUCCACUUUGGAAAUUAUUUUUUCAUUAUGUUAUGAAUGUGGAGAAAGGAGAUGUGAAUGAUAUGUAUAAUCUGGUGCUUAUGUUAUCCCCUUUUUAUUUGGGAUACAUGAUUAAUACAUUGUUUGAUAGUGUACUUUACGGAAAAGGUAAAACAUGGUACCUUGCUAUCCAAUCUGGCAUGACAAAUUUGAUGGUUAAUUUACCAAUGUUUAUACUGUUUUUGUUGGAUGUCUACAAACCAACAGUCCACAAUAUUGCCUUGGUUUUUGGUGGAGGUAUAAUGAUUGAUGCAGUGAUCACAACAAUCUUAUAUUUUAGAUUUUUAAAGCUCUCAAAAUAUUUGAUUUAACAUGAUAUAUUUUGGUAAAAAAUAUCAUAUUUUGUUAAAGAAACUCUAGUGAAAGUAAGUAUGCCAGUAUUUUUAAACAUUUUUUACUAGAAACUUACUUUCAACUUGAGUUGUUAAAAGAAUGUUCUCAAAGUUUACUGAAAAGUUGCUCAAGUGUUGCUUAGAAAAAAGUUGGACAAUAUCAAAGAUGAUCGUAAAAAAACUUGUUUAACCAAAAGUUGUUUGAUUUAAAGUCAUUCUUCUUUCUACCAACCAAACUAAACUAAUUUGUUAAAAGAUGAGGAAUGACAAAUUUUCUAUUUUUUUAACAGUAAGAUUUUUUUAGAAAUUUAGAUAUGUAAAAUUUGUUAUAAUAAUAUAUAUAAAUAGGCUUUAUAGACUCAAAACCUUUGGCAAGAAGUUUUUGGGAUAGGAGUUUUUUUUUGCUGAUCUUACUUUUAAAAUUGAGAGACCUAAAUUUUUUUAUUUUUUUUUAGCGGAACAAAUCUUUGCCAUUAAAACGUUUUAAUAAAAACUUCAGAACUUAUUUUUGCAUUUUUAAGCUCUAAAGUUUGAGUUUAGAACGCUUAUUUGUAAAAUCUAAAUGAAAACAAUCGCAAGAUUUUUUUUAAAAUAACGUAAACUAUAUAUAUCUAUAGAAAUCUAUUGGAUCUAAGUACAGAUUCAUCAUCAUCAUCAUCAUCAUUCUCGACUUAACGUCCGUUUUCCAUGCUAGCAUGGGUUGGACGGGGUUUAUUAAUGACCCUCUUCCAAUCUGAUCUAGACUGUGUUAGAUCUAAACUCAACUUCCUCUGUAUCAAGUCUGUCCUUAUAACCUCCUAUAUAGAUUAUCAUAGAUUAUCAAAAGUAAAUCGACAAUCUACGUCAGUUCGGGUGUCAACACCCAUGUUCAAGUAUCAAAUUUUUUUUACAAAAUUCAGUUUAUAUUAAGGAUAUUAGAUUAGUCAAAAACAGAACGUUUUAAAGGAGUUUGGAGUUAAAGAACAGAAAGGAAGGGUAAGCAAACGCUGCUAUAUAUUUUUAGUUAGAAAUUUAAUGGAAUUCCUGUAGUCUUGUGGUAGAGCGUUUGCUGGGAAAGUUCUUUUCUCUAAACCCUGGCCGAGUCAUAUAAAAGUGUAAAUCUACCCUUUUUGCUUAGCGUUUAACAUGAGAAAAAGAUUAAUAACUUAUCUAGCAGUACUAUAAUCCGAAGAGAUAUCCCCUGAGUCAAUAAUUUCAAUUAUAAUAAAGUCUAUAAUAAUCAUGGCUGCUCCUCCACUCCACGAGGAGUAAAAAUAAAGUUAAAUGCUCGCCUAUUAACAAAAGUUUUCAAAUGCGACUUAAAGAACGUUUUCCAAAUCUGGUCGUUCAGCGAUGAUUUGAGUGUAAAUUGCUUUUCAAUGUUUUUCCGCAAAUUUCUUGCUGACGAUAAAAAGAUACUGUUUUUUAUAUUGCUUUAAAAGUAAAUGAAGUUUUGUGAUUUUUUUUAAAACUUUAUUGUAUAUAGGAUAACAUUUAAAUGACCAAAUCUAUCUUA